GCCGCGCGAUCGACGUGCCACUGAACGCGGCAGCGGAAUGUGUGCGAGAUCGACACAGUAGUGGUACAGUGUGCGUGUGCGUGUGUGAUGGAUGUGUCGACGCGAAAUGGGAUGGCUAGCUCGACCUCGCAUGCAUGCUUGCUUCACGCAAUCUUCUAGUAGCCCUUUUUAAGAGAGCGAAAGAGCUAGCAGAAAGAUCACAAGGGGAAGAGAAAGGAAGGGCCAGCGAGGGCCGGGUGUGGUUGUACAACCAGCAAGCUAGGCUCUUCUUCCAUGCCGUGGCUUUAAAGUCUCAUCAAUACCACGAGAACAAAACAACACAUAGUAGUAGCAGUACGACAAGCAUGUUGCAGUAGUAUAGUGUAGCCAAAGUACAGGUGCAAGAGAAGAGGAGAAUACUGUCAGGAGGGGAGAAAAAAAGGUUCAAGGAGAAGGAAACAGGGAAAAAAAAGAGAGCAAAAAAUCCAGAGAUGGAAUGGAACUGAAACUUAACCCCUGUGCCUAUGACCUUCCACCAAUAGGACAAGCACCAAAAGGAGAGAGAUCGGGGAGGCGACUUCAGUUUCCAUAUUACGCAUAUGCCCUUCCCUCCUCCACUUCUACCACUGCCAUAAUAAUACCAUCACCAUUCCUCCUCCUCUUCUUCUCUUGCUCUCCUCUCUCGUGCUCCAUCGAUCGAUCGAUCUCUACCAACACAACUACACACUUGUUUACCUAGCUAGAUCAUCUCAUCAGGUAUAAGAGCUCUCGAGAUCGAUCGAGCAAUGAGCUCGGGAGGCGGAGCCAGCAGCGCGCUCGGCGGCGGCGGCGGCGGCGGCGGAAGCGGAGGAGGAGGAGGAGGGCCGAGCGGCGGCGGCGGUGGAGGAGGCGGGCCGUGCGGGGCGUGCAAGUUCCUGCGGCGCAAGUGCGUGAGCGGGUGCAUCUUCGCGCCCUACUUCGACUCGGAGCAGGGCGCGGCGCACUUCGCGGCGGUGCACAAGGUGUUCGGCGCCAGCAACGUGUCCAAGCUGCUCCUCCAGAUCCCGGCGCACAAGCGCCCCGACGCCGUCGUCACCAUCUGCUACGAGGCCCAGGCCCGCCUCCGCGACCCCGUCUACGGCUGCGUCGCCCACAUCUUCGCCCUCCAGCAGCAGGUGGUGAAUCUCCAGGCCGAGCUGACCUACUUGCAAGCCCACCUCGCCACGCUGGAGCUGCCGUCCCCGCCGCCGCUGAUGCCGGCGCCGCCGCAGAUGCCGAUGCCGGCGCCGUUCUCCAUCUCGGACCUCCCGUCGUCGACGAGCGUCCCGACCACCGUCGACCUCUCAGCUCUCUUCGACCCGCCGCCGCAGCCGCAAUGGGCAUCGCCGCUCCAGCAGCAGCAGCACCACCACCACCAGCACCAUCAUCACCAACAGCAGCAGCACCAGCUCCGGCAGCCCUCAUAUGCCACGCUGGCCAGGGCGCCGUCCGGCAUGACGGCGGCGGCGGAGAGCUCGGGAGGAGGAGGAGGAGGCGGCGGUGGAGACCUUCAGGCGCUCGCAAGGGAGCUCCUGGAUCGCCACAGGUCCGCAGUGAAGCUCGAGCAGCCGCCGCCGCCGCACUCUAGAUCAUGAACGACGAUCGAUAUAAUCAAUCGAUGGAGAGCGAGGCGCAAGAUUUGGUGCGGCAUGGACAGAGUUCGCGACGACGAGGAGGAGAGCAAGCAACGGGAUUGGAACGGGCCGGUGAUGGCGAGCAGGUCAGCAAGGAGUAGGUAAGCAGCAAUGGCCGGUUUUCGCGUAUCCGCCUUGUUGUUAGCCGAGGGUGCAAGAAGAUGCCCCACUUGCUGCUUGGUUACAAUGCGGCUUUGCUUCAAUUCUGCAGGCUGCAGGAGAGGAAGGUGGUACGGGGGAGCUUCAGUAGUAGUAUAGCUUUGACAUGUAGGAGUAACAUUUGUCACUGGUAGCAUUUGUCACCGUUCCAUUAAUUGAAAGAUUUUAAGAAGCUUCUGUUCCUAGUAACCGCUGAUAAAUGAAAGAGAAAAAAAAACUGAUUUCAUUUUUUUGUUGCGACUAAUAACUGUGAGUUGUGAUGGUCGUGGAUGAAUUUUUGGGCGUGCUCAUCUUGUAGUUA